AUGGCGGGAACAUCUGCAGGAAUGUGGACACUUUCUAAACACAGCUGUGCAAAGGCUGCCUUCUUAUUGGUUUUGCUGUAUGCAGUGCACGGACAGUCCUCCCCCAACUGUACGGAGCGACGCUGUCUGGCGGAAAAGUUGAUUCUCAAUCCCCGCCUGACCCAGCCCCAGUCUCACAACUGUACACAACUGAUAUUUGUGCCGUUUAUUGAGUACCAAACGCUCUCUGUUGACACAAAGAAGCUCCGUUUCCAUUGCCAGUUGCGAGCAGUCACGGCGUGGAUGGAUCCUGACUUGACGUGGGACACAUCUAUUUACCCAUUUGAUCGGGUGGUACUGCCGGUUAGCGAAGUCUGGUACCCAGAAAUCCAUGUCACUAACGCAGUACGGACGAGUAUGCGGCACGCCUCCCGGGACUUGCUGGUUCACAGCGACGGCACCGUGGAGCACAACAUCAUCAUCAACGCGGAGGUGGAUUGUGAAGUCAAUCUGCUCAAGUACCCCUUCGCUGCAGAUGACUGCCCUGUUGCAAUUCAGGCCUGGGGCGACAGAGAGGACCACAGAUAUGACACCGGAUGCGGUUUGCGGCUGGUGAUAGAUGCGGUAAAGAUGGCUGACGGUAACCACGGAGACUGGCGCACCGACAAAGUGACCCUCACACAAAAGAGCGACGGCCGUGAUUACAUCUUGGUGUCUUUGAGCAUCAGGUACCUCAACCCCUUCAUAUCGCUGAUGCUGCCCAGUAUCAUGAUCAUCGUGGUCGACGUGGCGAGCUUCGCCCUGCCGCUGGGAGGUGGCGAGCGCAACUCUUUCAAGGUCACCCUGGUGCUCAGCUUCAUCAUGUUCCUCGUCAUCCUCAACGACCUGCUCCCGGGAGACGGCCAGUGCAGUCCCAUCAUCCGACGCCACUUCUGCGUUUGUCUGACCCUCUUGGUGCUGAGUAUGUUGGUGUCCAUGAUACUAACUCGCGUGGCCAAGGACGGCGCCUUCUUGUCCUGCUCCAGGUUCAAAAAGUCCUCCCCGGAAAACGCAGAGGACAAGGAGGAUCCAGGGGACGAGGGUACAGGGGACGAGGAAGCCACCGCUGACAUCGGGGUCUCCAAACCGCGAGCCCCAGAGGAGAUGAAUCGACACCUGAAAAGGGUGUUGAGCUUCCUGGAGGCUCUUGACGCCAGAUACCAGGAGGCCAAGAGCUGCCAGGACUUGGCCAACAGAGUGGACAAGAUCUGUUUCUGCAUCUAUCUCUGCAUCUGUGCCACCUACUUCUGUGCAGAGUGA